AUGGUUAGGCCACGCCCCAUGACUCGUAGUUCUGGGUUCCCACGUCAACUACCAGCGGACACCUUGCUCGAAGUGAGCGGGUCUGAACUUGCUAUAUGUAAUUUUGACGCUCUGCGUCUUAAUGCACUAAAAGUAGCCCCUACGCCAACCAGUUCUGCUGAGCUACAUCGUAUGUGGAUUCCUUGUCCUCACGCCAUUAAGCGUAAGCACCUUGCUGAAGUGCUCGAUGAACUGGCGAAGGACGACCAACCACAACUGUGGAAAGACGCUCGCCACGCUCGUCUCCUUCAAGAUUUCAAGCAGAUUCCAGAUGCGAAGAUCCGUUUUACGUGCACAGCGUAUGACACUGCCUCCAAGCUCAGCUUACUUAAGCUCAAUGCUUUUGGCUCGCAAAUCCAGAUCGCACGCUUCUCGAAGUACGGCUCUCGUUAUUACGUUGAUCUAGUCCGUCUUCCCGAUGAAGUAACGGAUCACAUGAUUUUUGAUUGGUUUACUGAACAUAGUGCACCUCCUACGUGCUUGUUACCUGCUUUCGUACAGAACGGCCUUCCCUCACGUGAACGUACGGUCUAUUUUGCACAAGAUCAGGCACCGGCUGUCUUAGUACCAUCCCAAGAUAACCCACUUCGCGAGAUCGCGUUUCCGUCAUCCGUCGAUGGUAUGUUUCUCUUACGCCCUUGUUUCGCUAACCACAAAGUGGCUCGUUACAACCGCGUGACACCGCCGUCUAUUCGUCUUCGUCAAGAAGAAGAGGCAAAUCGUUCGGCAGCUGACCCUUCAUCGACACCAACCCUAGAUCUGGUCCCAUCUUUUAAGGAUUCUAAUACGCCUAACUCUUCGAGAUUUGAAUCAUCAUUGAGAAAGUCCAUACGUCAGCUGACACCAGAUUCUACAUUGGACGAUGCUACAACCCAAGACAACCCUACGUCUUCUGGCCCCAGUAUCACUCCCUCCCCCUUCCAUGACAUCGCUAUGUCGGACAAGGCUGUCAGUUACGACUCCGACGAUAACUCCUAUGACAACGACUCCUCCUCACCAGUGUGUGACUUCACUACGUACAUGAGUGAAGAAAUUAACACGCCGAAAAUUCGUCCAACUGCCCCAAUAUGGGCUAAGGCUUCCACCAAUCGGAAGGUCCUACACGGACGCACGGAUUCUGAACUGGUCGAAGCCAAGUCAUACAACUACGACAUUAAUACGACUGAAGGUUCAGCCCGUGCUACUAGCAUCUUCAAGUCUAAUUACUAUAACCCAAUAUGGUUUGAAAACUUGGAUCCGGCCACGCCUCAAUGGCAGUAUGACCUCGAAGUUCGCCGCAGUGCAGAUGACGAGACAUGUCUGGAAUACACUCCUGCAGCCGCUUCUACGUCAGCCUACGUUUCCAUGAUAACCCCGGUUACGAUCCAAUACGACGUUGAGCGUAUGACUCGCCUUGAACUCUUCCAGUAUGUGGACUCAUUCCUUGACAACUUGAGUGAUCGCCCUCCCCUCGACCAGCUGGCUGUGAUUGAAGCUAACCCGAGAAUUAUGCUUCCGGGUAUCGCAUCUCGUGAUCGCCUAGACACUCUUGCACAUUAUCGCAUUGUUUGCCGUCUUUUAGCCCACGCCCGACCUAGUACAACUGCUGCCUAUACUAGGAGUCUCGAAGUUUUACACGCUACGGGCAAGGCAAAGACUAUGCUCAAACACAUCCUGGGUCAUGUGGAGCCAAUCUCACCUCAAGCCAAGAAGGCUCUUUUUGUGCUUUCAAGCUGGAAUUUAGUUCUACACGUUAUGGCACCCACAGUCUAUCAUGGCCCACUUAAGCUUUACGUUGUCACGGAUGCUGUCCCCGACUUUCUCGUCAAUUUGACAAUUCCGUUACUUUCCAAUACCACUCUUUGGCUGCUAGGUUUCAGCCCAUUCGCAAACGAUCUCCUGCAGUAUGACAGUGUUCCCGACUUUCUAAAGACCUUGGUUCAAGCUGUCCAAGCAUUGAAGUCUGAUGACGAAGGGUCUCUGGUACCUCGACUUCACUUCUAG